AUGACAGAAGAGAACAAGUUCUGCAAAAAUUGUAAACGAGAUGUGUCCACUGCCAAUUUCUCCCUCCACGAGGCCCACUGCCUGCGGUUUCUCAUUCUCUGUCCAGAAUGUGAUGAACCAGUUGCCCAAAAGAAUAUGAAAGACCAUCAAACAGAAGCACACAAGCAGGUCAGAUGCAAUCUUUGUCACCAGAGUAUGCAGCAGUACCUGCUGGAGUAUCAUGAGGUAAGUACAGACCACCAAGAAUGAAUGAAAUGCAGCAUCUGCGAGUUGGAAAUGCCCUUCAACAAGUUGCAGGAACACCUGAAUGCCUGUGCCAGCCGAACGGAGCGGUGUUGGGAAUGCAACACAUACGUCAUGUACAAAGAUCAGAACAAACACAAAGAUAUUUGUCAGAAAAGCAGUCUGUCCAACCACAAGGACGUUGUUGCACUUGCCGGCCAGAAAGCUUUCAAAUCCAGCACUGACUCUCCUCUACCUUCUUCCUCUCUGGCUUCCUCUUCCAAUUCUGAGAAUGCAAAGGCAUGGAAAGAUGUCCGUCCCAAAGGGAAAGAAAGAGACCAGCCAUUGACCUCCAAAACCUUGCUCAAACCUCCAAAGAACAAAAAGAGGGUUGGCUUUCUUUCUCCCACAAAGAGUGGGCUUUCCACAUCAGCUCAAGCUCUUAAAGACACUCUGUGUUAUGACAUGAUGGUGGCCUGUGCCCACUGCAACACUUUCCUGCCACUUUCGACCCUUCGAAAACAUGAGAUCAAGUGUCUACACUUGACAACUUUACAAAAUACUAAGAUGAAGCCAAAAUCAAGUCAUGGAAAAGAAGAACCACACGUGUCUGCAGGUGUUGUGACUCGGGAGGGAGCUCAGAGCCCCCAGAGCUGCUUCCCAGUGCUCACGGGCUCCGGAGGGCUCCUGCGCCGGCUGCGCUGCCGCCCUGUGCAGGAAGGGCGGUGCAGGAGAGCGGCGUCCCCGUCCCACGCGAGGGCUUUGCUGGCCCAGGAGGGGGAGGCCGGUGUCUCCCCGUAUCAGUGUUAG